AUGUCAGAUUGGGAUUCAGUUACUAUUAUCGGUCAAAAAGCAAGAGUAGGCGGCGGUGGACCAAGAGAAACAGUUGCAAAGACACAAUCUCAAUUAAAUGCAGCUAGAAGAUCUGGUGCAGUAGUUGGCACUGAAAAAAAAUAUGGUUCAGCAAAUACAAAAUCAAAUCCUGAAGGUCAAAGAUUAACUAAAUUAGAUGCUACAGAUGAUGUUGUUCAAGUUAAAAAAGUAGAUCAAAGUGUAGGUAGAACUAUACAAAAAGCAAGACAAGAUAAAAAAUUAACUCAAAAAGAUUUAGCUACUAAAGUUAAUGAGAAACCAAAUGUUAUUAAUGAUUAUGAAGCUGGUAGAGCUGUUCCAAAUCAACAAUUAUUAGGUAAAUUAGAAAGAGCUUUGGGUGUUAGAUUAAGAGGAAAAAAUAUUGGUGAACCUUUAUUUAAAAAGAAGGAGUAA